AUGUCUUGCACUUCACAAGUUAUACUGUCACCACAAACAUCUCUUUUGCAAAAGCCUAAUAGUGCAUUUGUAAAACGCAAAAUAAUUAUUAUACUUUCAGUUUUGAUUCUUAUAAAUAUUACAGCAUGGGUUGUUACAGCAUUUGCGUUUCGAAAUUUUCCAUCGCUUUUAGGUACAGCGGCUUUAGCGUAUACUUUGGGACUUCGACAUGCAGUGGAUGCGGACCAUUUAGCAGCAAUUGAUAAUGUAACUCGUAAGCUUAUACAAUAUGGCAAAUAUUCAGUUUCUGUUGGACUUUUUUUUUCUCUUGGGCAUUCUACAAUUGUGAUAUGCGCAUGCAUUGCUAUUGCUAUAACAGCUACAGCAGUAAAAGAAAAAUUUGGAGACCUUCAGUUAAUAGGAGGGUUAAUAGGAACUAUUGUUUCUGCCACAUUUUUAUUUGUCAUUGGAAUAAUAAAUACAUUUGUUUUAAUUUCUGUCUAUCGUUCACUCCAAAGAUUAAAACGUACUGGUGUUUUUGAAGAAGAAAACAUCGAUUUAAAUACAUAUGGAUUCAUUGGUAGACUAUUCGCACCGUUAUUCAAAUUCAUUGAUUCAAGCUGGAAAAUGUAUCCUCUUGGAAUUCUUUUUGGAUUUGGCUUUGACACAUCUACCGAAGUAGGAUUAUUGGGAAUUGCAGCAUUCCAAGCCAACCAAGGACUUCCAAUUUGGAUGAUAAUGUUUUUCCCAUUACUUUUUACAUCGGGAAUGGCAUUAAUCGACACAGUUGAUGGAAUUUUAAUGCUGGGAACUUACACUUGGGCAUUUAUAAAUCCAAUUCGAAAACUUUAUUAUAAUUUUAUUAUCACGUUGCUUUCAGUUUUAAUAGCAUUUAUAGUUGGGUUAAUAGAACUUCUCAACAUUAUCGGAGAUAAAUUAGAUCUUAAAGGUCCUUUUUGGAAUUUUUUCGCAUAUCUUGGAGAUAAUUUUGGCAUAAUUGGUUAUUUGAUUAUUUUAUUAUUUGUUCUUACAUGGAUAGUGGCAAUAAUUAUUUACAAGUUUGGUGGCUAUGAACAUCUUGAAAGACAAUUAAUCCAACAGGAUGACACACUUGAUAAUGAUGACAAUGCGAAAAGCGUGACGGGAUCAGAUAAAGACAAUACCAAUGUUCUGAUGGGGACCGGUGCAGCUACAAGUAGUACAGAAA